GCGGGAUUCACGACUCCCGGCAUCCUCUGCGAGGCUCAAGGUCCCCUAGGUGGUAGGUGUGUCGUAACGCGGCGAAAUGUCCGCUAAAGCCGUGGAGCAGUGGCCUUGCGGGAUGGCAGCGCGUGAGAAGAAGGCUGAGGCCCCGGAAGAUGUCGCGCGCGGCUUGGAGAACUUGCCCGUGAGCGCGUGGCCCCCGGGGGCGUGGCCAAAACCCUUCCAGUAUACUCCUGAUCACGUGGCAGGACCCGGAGCAGACACUGAUCCCACUCAAAUAACCUUUCCUGGAUGCAGUUGUCUCCAAACUCCCUGCCUCCCUGGGACCUGCUCCUGUCUCCGUAACAAGGAGAACUACGAUGCUAAUUUACGCCUCAGGGCCAUAGGAUCGGAAACAGAGCGUGCCGAGCCGGUUUUUGAAUGCAACAUCCUGUGCCAGUGCAGUGACCAGUGCAAGAACAGGGUGGUCCAGCGGGGUCUGCAGUUCCACCUCCAGGUGUUCAAGACGGAGAAAAAGGGCUGGGGACUUCGCACCUUGGAAUUUAUACCAAAAGGACGGUUUGUCUGUGAAUAUGCUGGCGAGGUUUUAGGAUUCGCUGAAGUACAGAGAAGAAUUCAGUUACAAACAAUACACGAUUCGAAUUACAUUAUAGCGGUCAGAGAACAUGUUUAUAAUGGGCAGGUAAUAGAAACAUUUGUUGAUCCUGCCCACAUAGGAAAUAUUGGCAGGUUCCUUAACCAUUCUUGUGAGCCAAACCUGUUGAUGAUUCCUGUCCGAAUUGACUCAAUGGUACCAAAAUUGGCACUUUUUGCAGCCAAAGACAUUUUGCCAGAAGAAGAGCUUUCUUAUGACUAUUCAGGAAGAUUUCUUAAUCUAAUGGACAGCAAAAACAAAGAAAGACUAGGUAAUGGGAAACCAAGAAAACCUUGUUAUUGUGGUGCCAAAUCGUGUGCUGCUUUCCUGCCUUAUGACAGUUCACUGUACUGUCCCUCAGAAAAGCCAAACGUCAGUUAGGAAGGAACAGCAUAGGAGAAACAUGUCCGGCCUCGCUCAGUGGCUGAGAACGAGAAGGAACCGAGCAUGCUUGGCCCAGCCCCUGCGGCUUCCCCUCUUACCAGAGACUUCUCCUGGAGGUACAGUUCUGCUCUGUGGUACGCAGCUGGCCCCUCACUCUAGGGGAGGCCCGUGAUUGUCCAGCUCUGUCUCUGCCUGGCUGUGUAACUCAGGAAUGUGGCAAAGAUUACAAGUUGUCCAGCAGUACCUCCUCUCCCCUUCUGUAAUGGAAUUCCUAGUUUUUAACUGGGUACAUGACCAGCCAGCUAAAAACUGGGCACUGUUCAUGGUUAGAUGUGGCUCAGGGAUUAUGUUCUAGCUAAUGGGAUAUAAGCAAAAAUGGUGUGUCCUUAAAUGGAGAUGUCCCUGUCUUAUCCUCCUCUUUCUUCCUGUUGGCUGGAAUGUAUACAUGAUGGCUGGAGCUCGAGCAUCCAUCCUAGACCCCAAGAUGACUUUGGAAAAAGAAGCCACACAUAGCAAAUCAACAAAAUUGAAAGGAGUCUGAGCGCUACAUACUGCGGAACACUCUCUCAGUGCUGAUCUGACACCUCUGGACUUUAGCUGAGAAAUAGUCUCUCCCUCAUUUAUGCCACUGUUAUUUUGAGGUUUCUAGCAUUAGCAUUGAACCUAAUCAUAAUGAUCCAAGGAAACCUUGUGGCUGCAUAGCUAAGCCCUGCUUUCCAGUCAAUUUUAUCAGUAAUAAGACUGAUAGUUUGAUUUCUGUCUGUCUGACUCCUGCAUCUCAUUUCUCAUUUGUUUCUAAACACAAAUCAAGGAAAAGGGCAUGACUAUCACCUGUGAAAAUCCUAAUAAUUACCACCAAUAGUGAAAAAUAGAACCAUGAGAAUGACUUCCAUGUAUAUAACCAAGAGUCAUAAAAGGAAACAAAUUGUGAAAUUUUCACUACACACUUGGCUAUACUCUGAAGCUUGUGAAUUUAUGCUUCAAAACCUCAAACAGCCUCACUUACUCAUGUAUUAGUAACAUAAAAAUAACCCUGUCAACACCACAGAAGGGGGUGGGAGUUUUAUAAUGCCAUUUAAACUUCUGGAUAGGUAAACGUCUCUAGCUUCCUUAAAGUAAGGAUGUUGCAAACACAAAGUUACUAUGGAGGUUUAUUAGACUUUUUGAAAGCUAAAAUAAUUAUUUGGGCCCUAUAUUUAUCUUUUAGUACCCUACGACCUGGAGACCCUGCACUUUAAAACUUAUAUCAUAGGGACCCAUAUUAUAUAUAACACUCCUGUAUGAUAUCAUAAGUAGGAUAGUUGUACACUUUGAAUGGAAUGUAUGGUAUGUAAAUUAGAUCUCAGUAAAACUGUUAAUAAGUAUGCUAGGGUUUGCAUUUUCAUAUAACAUUAUUAUCUGGAAGGGUUCCAUGUGAAUAGAAGAUGCUAGAGUGCUCAUAAAAUGGCCCAAACCACCAAUGUGCAAUGUCUAAAACAGAACAGAUUUUUCUUCCAAACUAAUCAUUUCUCCCUCCCAAACUUCUUCUAUAACUGAUUUCUCUGAAGCAGUCCUGCUUUUUCUAAGGCAGCUUGUAUCCCUCCUUUCAAAAGUCUUUUCCUCCUCACAGACUCUUGUAAGAACUAAGCUACUCCAGAAGCAAUAAGGAGAGGGUCAGCAGGAAAAUGAAUGGCUCCCUGUUUGGUUCUACAGAUACUCUUUCCUUCUUCCUUUGGCCCUUUCUCUAUUGACUAUCACUGUCUGUGAAUCAGAGGUACAGAGGACAGCCUCCUUAGGAGGCAUGGACGUGAGCAGCACCCUCCAUCUUGGUGCCUCUGCCAGAGACAGAACUCAGUGAAUAUAGACCCUCGGAAUGUUUUGUAUUCAUGCACAAGUUUAUUCUUAAAUAGCACAUAGUCUUGGAAAUCAGAUUCCUAAGGUCAAAGUUGAAGACUCUAUUUUUCCUAGGCACUAAGUUAUAACUGCAUUUACUUUAUUGCCAUGUUCUUAAGAAUGUUAACAGUUCUACUUUUGAGAGCAAACAUUAAACAAUAUACUUCUGCCUGA